CUGGUGAAUGACAGAGGCGCGCGAGGGCGGGGCACCACCGCUGCCGCUAUCCCCCAGCCAUGGGGCCGCGUCUGCUGCUGCUCGCCCUGUUGUGCAGGGCAGGAAUCUGGGCCGCCGAAACGACCAUGUCACCGUCCGUGAUGAACGGGAGCAGUCUGGCCGUGCCUGUGAUGCCACACAAUGCCACCAAACAGGGCCUAACGGACUCUGAGACAGGACAGAUGCUGAAGCGCUCCUUUUACGUGCUGACUGGUUUCGUCGGACUGGCUGCGCUCUAUUUCCUCAUCCGGGCCUUCAGGUUAAAGAAACCCCAGCGGAAGAAGUAUGGUCUGCUCUCGAAUACGGAUGACCACAUGGAGAUGGCUUCAAUGGAGAGUGAUGAAGAAACAGUCUUUGAGACGAGGAACUUGAGAUGAUGAAGAGCUGAAGUCCACAGUGGUAGCUGCCCAGAGUAAUCCAGAAAGGGGGAAGAGGGACCCCAGGCACAGAAUGUCAAGAAAAUCCAGGGUUUAUUUUUCUAAUGGUUCUAUACAAUACAGUGUUUCUAAGCGGGGGGGGGAGGGAAGUUGGGAAAUUUUUUGCACUUGGGGUAUGUUGGGAAAUUCAGGAAGGUAGGAGUGGGCUCGGUGUGAUGUUCAGAAUCCUAGCUUUUCGUUUGCCCACGGGGUGAAACCUAGCUGUCUUUACCUCCCUAGCUCCCAGGUUCUAAGAGCUUGCCCAGACCCCCUGUCUGUCCCCCUCUAAUGCUCCUCCUCUUCUUUUGCUAACAUUCACAAGUCGGAUCAGGGCAGAGAUCCAGCUGAGAUGCCUGGGAUCCUGUCUUGUAUCUUGGAACACGGACGAGAGGCUGGGCUUAGGUCCGAGCAGGUUUGCUUCUCCCUGUCUAAGAGCUGCUUGGAGGAAAGCAGGGAGGGGAUGGAGAGAGGAAGGGGCUUUGCCAAGCAGAAGGCGGCCUGAGCCCGGCCCACCUCCACUCUCCAUGCCUACCUUGGGGGACUGUCUCCAAGCUGCCAAACCAAAACUAGCAUUCCCCCAGAGAGAGGCUGGUGGGCCGGCUCAGGGAUCUCCUGGGAAAGCUGGCACAGCCAGGGGAGCCAGAGUAAAGGAUCCCAGCAAGAAGGCCUGGGGCCCGGCGUGUGUUGCGGCUGCUUUUCCCACUCUGUCCGCUUUCUCCUCAAGUCCUUACCAUGUGAAGGGAGAAGAGAGCCUCUCUGAGCCCCUCGGACCACGUGCCUCACCGGCCGGCUUCGGCUCUCACCUGGGACCUGAAGACUCUCCUUCCUGCACUGCCCACGUCCCUUCUGGAAGGACAUUCCUCUCAAUCUGUUCUGCUGGACGGGGACUCUGGGGCACCUUCCUUCUGGGACCAAAUCGCUCUCUCCCGGCCAUGGGGGAAGCUUUUUACUUUGUUUCUGUAUAUUUGGGCAUUUUGGUUUCUAAGAGACGACGCUUCCUGUUGGGGGACCAGCCCCCCCGCAGUAUUUGCUUGUCAAGGGUGCUCAGUAAAAGCUGCUGAUUGUAAAUAAAGCCACCACGGCCGA